UCCUACACAACAAGGUUCUUGCAUUUCGUCAUCUCAUGGAGCCAUGGAUCUGCCUCAGAAAAUUGGUCAUUUUUCUCAUUUUAAACACCAUCUUUGUUCUCAAUGAUGCAAAAAUAUUCCCUGAAAAAAUAAUGAAAAAGCCAAAAAUAUCAAAAUUAGGAGAACUAUUAGAUCCUACAAAAGGUGAACCAUACGGUUUGCCCUCUCCAUUUUAUUUGCCAUCACCAGCACCACUUCCACUACCUGCACUACAAAAUCCUUUAGCAUGUGUAGGCUCGCCAACAAGCCCAUCUAUAAUACAGCCUUUUAGUCCGAUGAAAAGCCCACCAAAAAGCCCACCUAUGUAUAUACCUAUUUCAAGUCCACCACAAUACGAGCUGAGCCCACCAGCCUAUGUUCAGCCUCAGCCUCCGCCUCCAGCACCGCAACAUAAAAAGGCCGAGUCUGGCGUAUGGUGUGUUGCGAAGCCGAGUGCGGCAGAUUCGAUAAUAAAAGAAGCGUUGGACUACGCAUGUGGAUCGGGAGCAGACUGCAAGCCAAUUCAGGCCUAUGGGCCGUGCUUUGAGCCCAAUACAUUGGUAGGACAUGCUUCUUAUGCUUUCAAUAGUUACUGGCAGAAAACUAAAGCAGCCGGGGGUACUUGUGACUUUGCUGCCACUGCUAUCAUUGUUACUGUUGACCCUAGUUUCAACAAUUGUCAUUUCCCUGUAAAUUAAUUUACUAGAUAACUUGUAAGCGAGCUUUUGGCACAUUGUAAGGUUGUUUUCUUCUUGAUGUACGAGCUGAAAACCCUUUUGAUAGACUGUGAUGGUAAUUAAUGUUGGUUAUUUAGCCUCUCA